AUGGGGAACAACUGGCUGGGUCUACGCUCUCUCCCCGGACCUAAGUCCCAUCUCCACACCAACGAGGUCCUCUUCAUCAACCUGGCCAUCUCCAACCUCAUCACCAACUACCUGGUGGACCUCCCCGAUACCAUGGCUGACUUUGCUGGCUGCUGCUUCCUGGGGGAAGCCUACUGCGGUGUGUUCUGGUUCUGCUCAGACCUGUCGGAGACCAGCAGUAUCUUCUCCACCUUGUUUAUUAGUGUGUUCUGGUACCAGAAGCUGGUGGGCUCUCUGAAACGCGGAGGAGCUCCGGUCCAGUUGGAUAGCCUCCGUCUCGUAGCCUAUCUCCUGGCUGGCAGCUGGACAGUGGCUGGGGUCUUCAGUGUUCCACACUUCUUCUUUGUCCAGGUGGAGAGUGGGAAUGAGAGCAACAAGGACUGUAUAGAAGUAUUUCCCUCCCAAACGGCAAGGCAGACCUAUGAGACGUUGUAUCUGACCCUCGCUAACGCCCUCCCCGUCGCUGGUAUAGUGUUCACCAGCAUCCAGAUUGUGAUCACUCUGCUAAGGAACCAGAUGCGUAUCAAGGGCCUGACUUCUGACCAUCACAAGGGGACAGAUAUUGCUCUACCUAACAAGCGGGAUAAGAUGGACACCUCAGAGAAAUAUGAUGAAACAGGCAUCAAGGCAUCUGAUAAAGAGACAGAUUUACCAAGAGCUGCAAAUGCUUCUCCAGAUUGCCCUCAGAGUUCCAGUAACCAGAGGGUUUCACCGUUGUUUACAGACAUCCGCUCCAACCUGCCUGGUGCUUCCUGUCCUGCCCUACCCUAUGUAGGACCCUCUGUUGUACACAGCUCAAUCAGUUCCCCCCUCUACCAGGUUGAGAGUGGGGACAGCAGAGCCAGAGCUUCACCUGCUCUCCAGAGGCCCUCCCAGCCUCCAGCUAAGCCCAGCCCAGGCACUCAGGUGAGGGCAGCCAAGAGCGUGGUGGCUGUGGCCACUGUGUUUGUGGUGUGCUGGGUGACCCACCUCCUGCUGAGGAUAUCCAGCAACAUCCACACGUCCUCCUUGGUGGUGGAGGUGGCCAGCUACAUUGCAUCCUCUUACACCUGCAUCAUCCCCUACAUCUUCCUCUAUGGAGUAAACAAACUGUCUUGCUCCUGCAGAAGGUAG